AUGGCAGUGACUCUAGGUCUCCGAGGAAUAAAGCCAAGCAGGGAUGAGAAGUGGCUGAGUCCUAACACAUCUGAAAUUUGCUUUUUUUCCCCAUUGAAAUUAGACUUUCAAGAGAAGGGUUUUCAAAAGCCCGCGGGACCUAUGCUUGCAGAGUCUAAGGAUUCUCCCCGUGGAAAGCAUUCCCGCUCAGGGGGCUCACCUGAGCCUAAGCCGAGGUGCCCCCCAAUUUCUGAGCCGCUCCUGCAACAGCCCCUGCUGUUUCCUUCAGGGCCGGGACCCACAGCAUUGGGCGGAUCCUCUGAGGACCCCACUGCCUGGGUCACAGGGGUUCAGAGAUUUCAAGAGGCCCUCAAGACCCCAUACAGUCUGGCCUUGAGAAAUGAGCCCAGCAGAGCAGAUCUGAAGCAUGUGGUGAUAGACGGGAGUAACGUGGCCAUGGACACGUUCCUACUGCACCUGGCAGACAAGACCGGUGGGAUCAUCGUGACCAAUGAUAACCUGAGAGAGUUUGUGACUGAGUCGGCGUCCUGGAGAGAAAUCGUUGCCACCAGGCUGCUUCAGUACACGUUCGUGGGAGACAUAUUUAUGGUUCCCGAUGACCCUCUGGGAAGACACGGACCUCGGCUGGAAGAAUUUCUUCGAAAAGAGCUCUUUCCUCCAGACAGGCAGCUGGUUGUUGACAGCGGCCUGCCAGGCAUGAGCACUUUGGACACUGUCAUCAGGAGCCCCAGCCCCAGCCCCAGCCCCAGCCCCAGCCCCAGCCACUGGCCACCCCAGAUCCACGGAGCCUCUCCAAGCCCUGGGCUUCCUCAGCAACAGCUCUUCACCGCCCAGGUCACAGGGCCCAGGAUGCAGCAGAAACUGGCCAGGCCCGCACAGAGAUCUUGGGCAGAGACCACCCAGCUGAGGGAGGCGCUGAUGAGCAUCUUCCCGGACCCUGAGCAGAAAAGGAAGAUUGACGAGAUUCUGCUAGCUCAUCCAUCCACAGUGGACCUGAACGCCCUCUCUGGCCUCGUGUUGGAUACAAGGCUGGGCUGA